AUGUCCAACCACAGAGCCACUGCGAACUCGUCGCCUGAGGCCACCAGUCGUGAUGCCUUGCCCGCCCAGCCAGUAGUCGUCAACACCCCCUCGAUGGAGAGUACCGGCUUUCUGGGUCCCACCAGCUACCGAUACCUCCUGAGGGAGAGUCAAGGCACCUCCGAUUCGCCUUCGGAGUUGGGCAAAUACACCAUUGAACCGAGACAGCUUGAGCUGGGGUUGCGGAUCCUGGACUUCUUCGGUCGAGAGUCCCGCCUCCUCCAGUGUCUGACUGAGCACAUCUAUGGACUGAGUCGUAUGCCCAUCAUCCCGCGGACAGUUAUGCUGCCGGCGCUGAGCCACCUCUGGGAUAUCUGUGAUCAGAACUCCAUGGGCGAGGAUGCCGCCCGUCUGCGCAUGGUGGUUCGGAUCUUCGAGAACACCUAUAAACCUCUCACCACCUCCCAUAAGAUGAGAGCGGCGGAUCUGUGCCAGGCUAUAACUGGAGUCAAUCUUCGGUGGGAGCUGAUAGGCGCUGUCAUCACGCUCGCGAGUCUGGCGUUGAUCCAUAUUCCUGAGCACACUGUGACACUGAUCGACGCACAGCAGCGCGGGAAGAGUGAGAUUCUGCCUCAGGUCCUAGAGAUCACCGAACAUCUGUCGCUUCUGACUGACGCCCUGCCGCUCGUCAACGAAUUACUCGUAUCUCUAAAAUACUACCAGAUGCUUCUUGCUGUCAGCCGGUUUGGCGAUUCCAGUCGCAGGUUGUAUUCGUCGCUGGGAGAGUUAUGCUCCUGUAUAUAUGCGACCGGCAUGCAUCGAAACGACGUCCCGCGAGAGCAAGCGCCAGUAUUUGUCCAUCAGUGGCGUAGGGCAUGUCUCGCAGUGGUGUACACCAUGGACAAAACCAUCGCGACGGCUCUCGGUCGCCCGCCACUGAUGAAUCGACACUAUUGCAUAUUAGAACCUCCGUUGGAUCUUGAUGAGGACCCUGACCCCGACGAACACGAGUCAAGCCUUCGAUCGAUCGACGAGCACGGGUGGAAUGUAGAUAGAAAGCAUCGACCCGCCACAACCAUACGGUUACGUCUUCUCCUUGCCAAGAUCCGCGAGGAAGUGUUGGAGCUGCAUCUGGGGGUGACCGGCGCCAAUCUGGUCAGACAAGCUGAAGAUGUGCUCCAGAGGCUAGCGGUCAUGUGGGAUACCUGUCCAAGCCAUAUGAAGUACUCGGUCGACAUGUGGCAUUCCCCAACUUCGAUGCACAGCCAUCAACUUCUGGUUCUCCUUACGCUCAAUCUAGAUUAUCUGCAUUCGAUCUUCUUGUUACAUCGACUCAUCUCAGGCGACCGGUCCACGAAUGUUUUCAUCGUGGCCAAAGACAUUCUAAGCACCAUUCUCGUGAUCAACGACGAACGCGAGCGACUCCGAGAGAUUCGGAACGACUUCACCCAUCUUUUCCUUCAAUACGGCCUUCCGAGUGUCCAGCUUCUCUGCACUGAAAUGCUGCACCGCUCGUCGACCUCCCCACUGACGGCUGUUCCGGGCUUCUCGCGGGCAGAGCUGAUUCGGGAAUUGACGGUGUAUGUCUCGUGUCUCAGUUGGGUCGCCCGACCGGGGAGUGGGAACUUCGAGUUCUGCAAGCAAGUCAAGGCCAAGUUCACCCGAAUUCUGGACGAGAUUAUCGAUCCUAGCUGUGGUACAUCGAGGGAGUUAGUUGCGCCGAGCGAGACGGCGAAUGCACCUGCGGGCGCCAGCGGCGUGCAAGACUUGCUCGAUGCGGUCCACAAUUUCAAUACCUUGCUGGACUGGGAUAUUGAUAGUUUCUGGGAUCCGCGACUGGACAUUUUCUGCGGGUCUGUUUUCUAG